GAAUAUGCCUAGGGCCACACUGCUAAUAAGUAGCAGAACAAGGAUUCCAGUCCUGGCAGUCUGGUUCUAGAGCCCAAGUGAUUGUCUGGUAGGCCAUAUUGCCUGAUUGGAACAAUACCAGCCAAGCAUUAUGAACUCAGCAAAUGUUAGUUAUUGCUGUUACCAAGAAGGAGGACCCAAAGGGACAGUAACAGGCCCAAGGAGUGCAAAGUUGACAGAACAAAGCAUGCACUGAGUUUCAGGAAAGCUUAAGAAAGGCCAGGCUCCUGUGGCUGGGACUGGAACGAUGGGGAAGACUUCUAGAGAGAAGAGAGCAGCCCCACAUGGCAUGAACAGCUUUUGCGAGGGGCUGGCAGAAGGAACCUCCUGGAAAACUUGAUAUUUAAUGUGGCAGAGGUUGCAAAUGAAAACGUUCAGGUGAGGGAAACUAUGCUAGUUUUCUACUCCUGCUAUAACAAAUUAUUGCAAAUAGAAUUGCUUAAAGCAAUGCAAAUUAUUAUCUUGGCACUCCAGAGGUCAGAAGUCCAGCCCAGCCGCACCAGACUGAAACCCAGGUAUGGGCGGGGCUGCAUUCCUUUCUGGAGGCUCCAGGGCAGGAUCUGGUUCCUGCUCAUGCAAGCUGCUGGCAGUAUUCAGUUUGUUGAGGUUAUAAGAGUAAGGUCCUUGUUUCCUUACUGAUAAUCAGCUGAAGGUCGUUCCCACCUUUUUGAAGCCACCAUAUUCCCCCAGCUUGAGCCUCAGUCUUCCAUCUUCAAAGCCAGUAAAUGGCAGGUCAAGUCUCUCUCAUGCUUUGAAUCUCUCCUGCCUCUUCUGUCAUUGCAGCUCUCCGAGCUCUCUUUCUGCCUUUUGCUUUUUUUAGUAAGAGUUCCUGUGGUUAGAUUCAGCUCACUCACAUAAUCCAGAACAAUCUCCCUAAGGUCCAUACAGUUGUACCCUCCCAUCCACAGCUUUGCUUUCCGCGGUUUCAGUUACCCGCAGUCAAGCAGAAGAUGGUCCUCCUGACCUGUCAUCAGAAGGUCAGUGGUAGCCUGACACUGUGUCUCAGUGCCUACAUCAUUACCUCAUCUCGUUAUACGAGUAUUUAAUCAUCUCACAUCAUCACAAAGAGGAGGCCUCUCAGCUCUGAGCCGUCUGCCCUCCAGGUACCCCUGGGAUGGCGUGAGCACCCCGCCAGCGAUGGACCCCUCUGUGACGCUGUGGCAGUUUCUGCUGCAGCUGCUGAGAGAGCAGGGAAACGGCCACAUCAUCUCGUGGACCUCACGGGAUGGCGGUGAGUUCAAGCUGGUGGAUGCUGAGGAGGUGGCCCGGCUGUGGGGGCUGCGUAAGAACAAGACCAACAUGAAUUAUGACAAGCUCAGCCGGGCCCUACGUUACUACUAUGACAAGAACAUCAUCCGCAAAGUGAGCGGCCAGAAGUUCGUCUACAAGUUUGUGUCCUACCCUGAAGUCGCGAGGUGCUCCACUGAGGACUGCCCGCCCCAGCCCGAGGUGUCUGUCACCUCUACUGUGGCAAAUGUGGCCCCCACUGCUGUACAUGCUGCCCCCGGGGACACAGCCUCUGGGAAACCAGGCACACCCAAGGGUGCAGGAAUGGCGGGCCCCGGGGGCUUGGCGCGCAGCAGCCGGAAUGAGUACAUGCGCUCGGGCCUCUACUCCACCUUCACCAUCCAGUCCUUGCAGCCACAGCCACAGCCGCCCCCUCAUCCUCGGCCUGCCUCUGUGCUCCCCAACACCGCCCCUUCGGGAGCAGCAGUGCCCCCAUCUGGGAGCAGGAGCACCAGUCCCAGCCCUUUGGAGGCCUGCCUGGAGGCCGAGGAGGCUGGCCUCCCUCUGCAGGUCAUCCUGACCCCACCCGAGGCCCAGAACCCUAAAUCAGAAGAGCUGAAUGUGGAGCCCGGGUCGGGCAGGCCACUGCCCCCAGAAGUGAAAGUGGACGGGCCCAAGGAAGAGUUGGAAGCCGCAGUCGGUGGGGAGGCGGGGUUUGUGCAGGAAGCCACUAAGGCCGUGCCGGAAGUCCCUCCUGCGGAGGGCGUGCCAGCCCGGCUGCCCGCGGUCGUCAUGGAGACUGCAGCGCCGGUGGGCGGCCUUCCGGCUUCCACUGCUUCCAGUACAGAGAUUGCCCAGCCUCAGAAGGGCCGGAAGCCUCGGGACCUGGAGCUUCCACUCAGCCCCAGCUUGCUGGGUGGGCCAGGACCGGAACGGACUCCAGGAUCGGGAACUGGCUCUGGGCUGCAGGCACCGGGGCCAGCGCUGACCCCGUCCCUGCUACCUACGCACACAUUGACCCCGGUGCUGCUGACGCCCAGCUCGCUGCCCCCCAGCAUUCACUUCUGGAGCACCCUGAGUCCCAUUGCACCCCGUAGCCCAGCCAAGCUCUCCUUCCAGUUUCCGUCCAGUGGCAGCGCCCAGGUGCACAUCCCUUCCAUCAGCGUGGAUGGCCUCUCAACCCCCGUGGUGCUCUCCCCAGGGCCCCAGAAGCCAUGAUUACCACCACCACCACCACCCCCUUCUGGGGUCACUCCAUCCAUGACCCUGAACUUCUCUCCAGCCAGCCGUCUCAAGGAGAAACAUAGUUCAGCUGACAGACUUGUGCUCUAGUUGUGGUGGGGUAUGGAUUCUUAGGAAAGAUCUUUUAGUAACCCUUCCACAGGAAACAUACAACUUCUCUCUUCUUGGUCAGUUCCCCAGUGGCCGCCCUUACACGUCUCCUACAGCAGUGGUGGGGACGGUUUAUUUAUUUAUUUUUUGAAGGCCACUGAGAGGAGCCUGGCCCAACCCUUUUGAGGGUUUGGUGAGGACAUCUCCCCCAUCUCCACAUUUUCUCCCAAGAUGAGACAAUCGGGGUCUGGCUUGAGAAGGACCUUUCUUUAUUUAUUUCUCAGCCGGCCCUUGGAAAGCUGAGGGAGCCCUGUCUCCAUUUUGGGGUGUGAGUGGAAAAGGUAGCUUGUUGUUGUUUAUUAUUCCUGGCCACACCCAAUGGCCCAGGAAGAAUUUGUGCCAUUCAGCAGUUUGGGAAUCUUGGCCAAGGAAAGACUCACACCCUUGAAGUAGGAAUUUCCACCCCCCCCCCAGAUACCACCUUUUCGGCCGGGGAGGAAUGCCCCUUUUGUUCUCCUCCCCCGAGAAGCCAUUCCUGUGUCUGCCAAACUCCUGGGGUCCUGCCUGUUACCUCCCAAUGGAGGGUUUUUUUGGGGAGUUGGUUCCCGUCUGGGGGACCCCUCCAGCCAGUACUCCAGGUCUCCUUGUCCCCCACCCCUUGCCAUUUUGAUAGUAUAAUCUAUUUUUAAACAGGGCUUUUCAAUAGGGGAGAGGAAAGCAUCUCUUCCUAUAUCUGAGAUGGGGUGGGUGGGAAGGAAGGGAUUGGGGGGGGAUCUUCCUGCCACCCCCAAGUGUUUAUUUUUGAUACCAAACGUGUAUUUUCAUCUCCCUCCCUCCCAGCCCCCCAAUUUCCUGCGGGCGGGUACAAAGGACCCUUUAAGUGUCCCUGGAGUUGGGAGGGAGGAAUGGGGGACAUAAAUCCUGUCCUAUCUGAAUUCCAGGCUGGAGAGGGUGGGUUCACAGGACUCCUGGGCUCACCUCCUGUCAGCACCGGCCCAGCCUGGGCCUGGGGACCUGGGGGUUGGUGAUUUGGGGGACGGUGCUACACCUGUCUCCACUGUUUGUUUUACUUCCCCAAAAAUGGAUCUUUUUUUUUCUAAGAGUCCCAGAGAAUGGGGAAUUGUUCCUGUAAAUAUAUAUUUUUAAAGGUGA